GUCAGGGUUCACCGGCGCGUGUUGUGAUUGGUCGAGAGGCAGGCGUCAAACGUCAACGCAGAGUGGGCGGGGCGUACAGGAGUUUUGAACAUGGCGGAUAAAGAGAAGAAAAAGAAGGAGAGUAUUUUUGAUUUGUCGAAAUACAUCGACAAACAUAUAAGAGUAAAGUUCCAAGGAGGUCGUGAAGCAAGUGGAGUUUUAAAAGGCUUCGACCCGCUGUUGAAUCUUGUGUUGGAUGGCACCAUUGAAUACAUGCGAGAUCCUGAUGAUCAGUAUAAGCUGACCGAAGACACCAGGCAGCUCGGUCUGGUUGUGUGUCGAGGGACGUCCGUUGUGCUGAUCUGUCCACAGGACGGGAUGGAGGCCAUUCCGAACCCUUUCAUUCAACAGCAGGAUGGAUAAUAUUCAGCUGUGCUUUUUUCUUCUUCUUGCAUUGUGUAGAUGUCUGGUGAAGAAAAUACAUGGUUUUUGUUAGGUCUGAAAUCAUGAAAAAUACAUUUUGUAUUUAGACUCAGGAUAAGUGUUUUUGGUUGGUUUUGUUUCUGUUGUUUAUGAAACUCACAUUUGUUUGUGUGGUUUGAAUUAUAAGGCAUGUUUUCUGUUCAUGAAAAUGGGUGCGUAAUGUUGCCCUGGUUCUUUAAGUGUCGUUUCAUUCAUUUGGACAUUAAUAAACAUCUGGGAUGUAACAUUUCUAAAUUAAGCAAAAACAAAGAUGCCUGUACCUCGAAGGGGGUGGAUCCCACAGGAUUACCUUUUCAGAAGGCUUUUGUACACACACAAACAGUCGGGACGUUUAGGAAGCUUUCAGAGAACGUCUUUGUAUAAUCUAAAUGGAAACUGUAUUUUGAAGGUCUUCGGUUCUGAGAAGCCUUGAGAAAACAUCUGUGUUUACUUUUGUGGUGUUGUCUCUGUUUUACACUCACAAAACCAAUUACUAAGAUUAAAGACUCCGUUAUGGACCCUUGCCUGUUUGGGAGAAUGCUUUUCCUACUUUUGUUGAGAACAUACAUUUUAUAAAGGAAUUUUAAACCCAAACGUGAACGUUUACACACCC